AUGGAUGCUCAGGGCGGUAUGGCUAACGGCGACGACAUCCUCGGUUCAUACCACCUGCCUCGGCCCAUGCCGAUCUGGCUCAACUCCAACUAUGGCAAGCACAUUGUCAAGGGCAACUUCAUGACCCUGAGUGCAAGGCCAAAGACGGUCGAGCAGGGCGAGUGGAUCGCGCAUCAGGUUGUCGAGCACUACAGAAACCUCUGGAACUUUGUCCGCGUCCUUCACGAGAAGGAGGAGGAUGGAACCACCAUCUGCAACGCAUCAACUUGCCCGAGGAUGUCUGCUGGAACUAACCACUCCUUCACCUGGCUCAACAGCCGCAGAGAGCCCGUUGAACUUCCCGCCGCUGAAUACAUGACUCUUAUGCAGAGAUGGAUCUCGGGCAAGAUCGACGACACCAACAUCUUCCCCACCGACCCCUCGGGCGUCUCCUACGCGCACAACCCCAGCAUCACAACGACGCCCCUCUCCCAGCUCACCAACCCGGGUGAGCCCGAUUGGAUCGGCAAACGCUCCGGCUUUCCCCAGAACUUCAUCGACGUAUGCCAGACGAUCUUCCGCCAGAUGUUCCGCGUCUACGCUCACCUUUACUGGGCCCAUUUCACCGAGCCCUUCUACCACCUGAACCUGGAGAAGUCCCUAAACAGUUGCUUCAGCCACUUCAUCCUUACCGCCACCGCCCUGGAUAUGCUGAAGCCCCACGAGCUCGAGCCCAUGCAGCCCCUGAUCGACCUCUGGGCCGCGAACGGUACCUUCCCUGCUGAGUCCAAGGCCUACGAGUACGCCAACCUCAGAGCCGGCGAACGCCUCAUGCAGCUGGCUGGCGUCUAA